GUUAAGAUUGAUCCACUUAAGAAGAGAUGUGUGUUGACUUGCACCAUGGAGAUAUGGGCUUAUGCUUGCUUGUAGCUCCCCUGUCAUAGGAACCUGUAUUUCCUGGACUUUACCCAAGAGAGGCCACAUAAGGCAAUGUGCUCCUAUAUAGGCAGAUUACUGGAGUCUUUUUUGACCAUGAAUAAAAAUUAGACUUUAGGUUGCCCCCAUCUAUUAGUUUAUACUGCAGGGGCAGUUAUUAAAUCAAAUUCACUAAUUCCAGUCCCAAGGAGUAAUAACUCACAUAGGCACAAAACAUGUCCUUGAACUCCUGUCUUGUCUUAGGUUAUUCAGUAUACAAUAAAACACAGAUUUAUUACUCUUUCAGUUGCGUUUAAACUGACCCUGCUGUGCCUUACAGUAAAUACUUCUAACUUGGCAAUGAAUAUAGAAAUUAGGAAGAGAAAGGAUCAAAAUCAGCCAUUUUUGAACCUUAUAGUGCACAUUGCCUCUCCUAAUGUGGCAUAUAUAUAUAUAUAUGGUGAAUGGAAUAUAAAGGAUUAAUGAAAAGCAUAUCUUCCGCAGUAUAACAUUCUGCUGCAAAACUUUGGCAGUCUUUGAAGAAAUUGCUCUUCUACAGUCUAUAUUCCAUCUAGCUAGGCAAGUGGACUAAUUUUGUAAGUGGACAAACAAUUGUAUAUUGUCCAUUAAUUGUUCAUAGAGCCCAUUUAAUGCGCUCAUUAACCCUUUAAGAAAUGUUAACACUUCUUAUCUGCUUUCAUUUUCUUAUUAUACCUGUUCCUUCAAUCCCCUUACUUUAGGAAUUCUCUAGGCCCUAGAGUCUAGGGUCUACAAAGAAUCUGCUGACAGAAUGUACUGUAAAUGUUUUCUAUGUAACACAGUUAUUUUCAAUGCAUUAUUUUGCACCACAUAUAACUGAAUCAACUUCUAGUACCAUUUCGUGAUAUUUAUAUUUUUGUAGGAAUCCGAGAAUGAAAAUGAAAAUUAUACAAAUAUAAUGAAUGCAAUUGGAAGAAUUCAUCACAAAGGUGAUACAACAUUUUUAAAUGUAACAUUGCAAGAACUCAUCCCAGAGCCCAAGGAUCUUGCACUCUAUUUCAGAUACCAAGGCUCUCUUACCACUCCACCAUGCAGUGAAAUUGUCACCUGGACACUGUUUACCAAAACAAUUAAACUAAGCAGAAGACAGUUUCAGGCCAUCUAUACCAGCCAGUAUUAUCAUGGAAAUAUUCCAAUGGUGGAAAAUUUCAGGCCUGUUAACAAAUUGGGAGCCAGACAAGUGUUUACCUCAGACUCCAGAGCAUUAGUCUCAAAACUGUGUGGAUAUAUUUAAAGGGGAACUCCACACAAACAUAAUUUGAGCUUCUUGAAAAGUAAAUAUAAUUUCAAUC